GAUCGCGUCGUGAGUCAUUGCGCGAUGGCCGGAGCUAGCGGCGUGCUCGCUGCGAGCCGCGCGGCGCGGCGGCCCCUCGGACGGCAGCCGAGCCCAUGAGCAGGUCCGCGGGCUGCUCUGCAGGCGAGGCCGAAACGCGGCCGUUGAUGCGGGCUCCGAGCCCCGUCGGCUGCCUUUCCGGCGUCCGGCUGCGCUCAGUGUCGGAACGACGCUCGCAGGCCAUGCUUCAGCCGGACUCCAUGAACGCGGAGACCGCCUCGCUGCCGGGCAACCGCCGAAACCCACUCGAUGUCUUCACCAGCAUGUUCAGGCGGCGUUCGCUGCGACCGGCUGGCGGGCCGAGCAUGACGCAGUCGUCGGACCGCAUCUGGGAGCUGCUGUCUACGUCGCCGGUGCGUGUGCGUAACCUGGAGCAGGACAUGGAGGCGCUGCGCCAGUCCCGCCACGACAACCCUUAUCUGCAGCAGCAGAUGGAGCGAUUCUCGAUUCAGGACGAGCCGGCGGCGGCAGCCGACGAGCGGCAGCUACUCUUCCCACCCGACGACAUAAGCGACCUGCACAAGCACCUCAUCCGCAGCCCGCCGCCACAGUUCCCGCAGGAUGUGGCGCACUUCGUCUUCCCCGGAUCGCCGCCGCCCGAGGACGAGACCAUGAUGGAAGCCGAGAUGCUGGGCCACCCCGGGCCCUACAGCACAGAGCCGAUGCGCCAGGUGCCACAGGAAACGCGCGACCAGAUGUCCAGCUACCAGGCAGACGACGUGCACCGCGGCUUGGCCCGCGCCGCGGCCACUACCCGGUGAAGGGUGGCGGCGCCCCGUCCGGCUUGCCGGCUGCCCCGCAUCGCUCAAGCGGUCGCCGGUGAGCCGAGCACGUGCGGACCCCUGGGCUUAACGACCCCUGGUGCCACGCGGCGGAGGACGUCCUUCGGAUGUGCUAUGGACUGGACGGGGACGUCCCGCGCUUUGCAAAGCACCUUUCAUCAGCAAAUGGUUCUCAAGAGCCGCUCACAGCCGCAAUGGGUCCGGGCAGGGAGAAACGCAUUCGAAAACUCUGCGGCCGAACGUUUAAGAGCACUACUUCUCUAACAGAUGAUCCUAAAGGUGGCAAUAGUAUUGAGCAGGUUGCAUGCCUAUUCUUAGUAGGUAAACAAGUGAACGGGCCAUUCAUCGCAAAGCCAUUUUUUGCUGUGGAGUGCUAUAUGUGGAUGAUGGAAGCAGGUUUCUAGUCGCGACAUGGGUAAAAAAGAAGUUGCCAACUUUUCAUUGGCCUAUGCUGGGGUUGGCCUAUGCUGUCCCAGCAAGGGAUAAAAUUGUGCCAUAACUGUCCGAGCCACUUCCAGCGUGGGGUCUGUGCGCGUAUUGAGUGGCCUUACUGGCUCUAACGUGAGCGGCUGGUGCUAACCUGUCAAAGAAUGUUCUAGGCCGUUGGAGACUGCGGUGCGAAGAUCUGCUUGGUGUCGUGGAGAGGUAGCAUUGCAAUACCUGUACAGUUCACAUCAGCGAAAAAAAAAAAAAAGAAAAAAAAUACGAAGGCAUUCAGAGAAUCGUACAAACCAGGGGCUGAAUCCACAAAGCUCUUCGUUGCUUGCAUGCAUCUGUGCUUGUAGGUGCGAUACAGGACGAAGCUGAAUGGUUUAUCGUUUAACGGCCGUCUUCGUUAAUCGUAAGAUUAUCGUGAUUUGACGACGUCUUUUUUCAGAGACCACAGCAGCGGGUGUACGAAGUGCUUUGUGAAAACAGGUCCGGUCUUCAUUUUGCUCACGUUUGGGCGUUCAGACGCAGAAGCGACGACCGCACACGAUAGGCUGUCGCCGCCUCCUUGUAAUUUAGUCUCGCUUCUUGAAAUGGCAAAGUACGUUCACUUAGUGUGCGAAAGAUGUCUGGCCCCUUGUGGUUAUGUGUGUUACGUUCGCAGUACCACGGUAUUGUUCAUGACGUUUGAAAGAGAGACCAUUAAUGGAAGCGCGGAAGCCUGGACCAGAGUGAAUUCAGGCGACUUAGUCGAAUAAGUUUUAUUUUCUUGUUGUUAAACGUAUCUAUCCGUGUUGUUUCGGCUGCAGUGCACAGGCGGCUUACGUUGGCUCUAGCCGCACAUAAGGCCCCGAGUGAGGCAUCGAAAGGUUACUGCUGCGCCAGUCCAGUAGCUGACGCGGAGUGCGCUAACGUGCUCGUGACGAAUCGCACUCCUUGUCGACCUAGAGCCGUCGAAUGCUACACCAGCGCGCAAUUCAAGAAGUCGCUUCAGGGCCCCCAAUGCUUUCGGCUUUGCAACUAGGAGAGUCACGCGCAUUAUUUUUGCCUGCAAUUUAGAGUCAAAAGAUUUGUGAUCGCUGCGGCAAGGCGAUCGCACUCGUCAGGCGACGCACUGCCCAUUUGAAUAUUGCAACGGAGAAUGCCCCAAAAUUACAAAAGCUUGUGCCGUAUGCCGGUGCAACAGCACUAAUUGUGUGACUGAGCUGAGCUUAUCGUCACGCUACACUGACGACAUAUAUUGUUGUCGAUGUGACAACAGGUCCUCAGGGUGCACUAAUAUUCCGACGAAUUCGGCGGUGACAUCAGCUAUGUGUCUCAGUACAGCUCUUGUCGUUACGGCAUAAAAUUCCCUGUUGCGUUUUUCGCGUGCCAACGGCCGCUGUAGCCCGCGUGAAUCAGCAGUCCGAGGAGUCUUCCGCAACGCGCCACUUGUUUCCAAUACAAGUCGCGCUCAGGGUGCGAAGUAGGGGCGUGUCUCCUGAACAGUUCAAGCUGAAAUCUCGUGUUGUAAACUCUCUCCUGUGCGUGACAUGUGCCCUAACACAAAAGAGGAACAUCAGACCUUCUAGUCAUAGACGCUCAUGUGCCAAAGGAAUGCGUCGCUUCUGUGGGGAGCGGGCAGUAGCGUGUCGUUCUGCAUGCCAGCCGCGUAGCUGUAGUUGCCGAAUGAAAGCGAUCCCUGCGCGAAAACCUGCCGCUCAGAUCGACGGCGCGCGUUCGAUUUCGCGGGUUCGUGCUUCGGCCGUAGCGCGUGCUCGUGUGGCCUGCUGUAGCGCCGCAUCGUUAGCGUUAGGCAUGCGAGAAACUCUGCGCGACCGGCCGGCGGUUCUGCACGCUGCAUGUCGAGAUUCUCCGGAUGAUGCACAAGCUGACAAGGUCGCUUGUUUCGAGCCGAGCGAGGGUGAAUCCAUCAAGUGCGGCGUGGUUCGGCUGUCCCGUGACAACCUGACGGGCCGGCCUUGUACAUAGUGUCUCCUGGCGACGCCGCUGCUGGAACCCGACGCGGCUCUUCAGAGCUUGUCGAAUAAAGAGUUUGUUACCUACACGAGAGUCUGCUUGCCUCAAUGCACAGCAGCGUGCUCUACGCCCAUGGCUCCUGAGAAAGUUUGGAUUGUACGUACGUAUGUCACACAAACACUUCAACGAGGUACGCUAACGUAAUUGUUAAGGUUUUACGUCCCAAAACAAUGAUAUAAUUGA